AUGGGAGACGUGCCUGUGGAUGCCGCUGCACUUGAUGCGCACUUGUCCUUUUGCAUCAGAUCGAGUCACCAGUCAUCUUUCAGACCUACGUGGGAGACAAUUAGCGAGCCCACGAACUUAGUUUUUCGUCUCCCUGCUGCAAGGGGACCGUUGCCGCUGAUAGCAGGACCUCGAGCUGAAGCGGCAUCUUCCGGGUCCGUCAGUCAGGCCAAGAGACCGGGUGUGUCAGGAGACUCGCCAUUGAAGAUGGGCAAACAUUGGCACGGGAUUUCGUGGGAACACAAGCUGGAGCGUGAGCUGGUUGCGGGUAUUAGGAAGUGGGGUGUGAUUAUUAUGCACUCCCCUCUGAGCUUCGAUAUCGGCCGGCGUCUGCGAGGUGAGCACAGACUUGAACCCCUCAUCUUGGAAAGCCUCGGCCACAUUUUUGCUGGGAAGGCAGCUGGCACUCUGCAUCAGAGGGCUGGUCCGAUGCUUAGGUACAUUCGUUGGAGUGUUCAGGCUGCCAUGGAUCCUUUUCCCCUUGAGGAGGGGCAGGUAUACGAGUUUUGCAAGAGUUGCGAGUUUUCCUCUGCCCCAACUUUCUUGAGGAGCUUCAUUGUAUCCAUAUCUUUCUCUGUGCACGUCCUCGGUGUCACAGGUGGAGCCGAUUGCUUGCUCAGCGGUCGGGUGAUUGGCGUAGCGAGGCUCACCUACCUCGCAAAGCGCAAGAAGACUCGGAGGCCGCCACUCACGGUUGCUAUGGUGGCUUUCUUGGAGAAUCUCGUUUGUGAUCCGACUGCCAGGGCAAUUGAUAGAAUCUGCGCGGGUUUCUUUCUUUGCUUGGUGUUCAUGCGAGCUCGGUUUUCAGACGGGAUGAACCUUGGAAACCUGCAAUUGGACACUCCAAGUGGUCUAGCCAAUGAGGUGGCUGGAUACUUGGAAGGAGAGGUUCUUCGAUCAAAGACUUCCUUCACGACUGAAAGAAAGACGAUGCUUUUGCCCAUGGUCUGCCCACGCUUAGGUGUCACAGGACUCGAUUGGGCGGGAGUGUGGAUGAAGCUACGGGAGCUUCACAAGAUGCCGACGGGCAGCGGUGUGCCGCUGCUCCCUGGUACAGGAGCUUCGGGAGAAUGGCUACUCGUGCCACCGAGCGCCACUGUCGCUGCAUCCUGGCUUAAGGGCAUUCUGAGCAAAGGAGGUUUUGAUCACGGGGCCCUCGCCAAGUUGGGUACCCAUUCGUGCAAGUGCACUACCCUCAGCUGGUGCGGGAAAUUUGGUCUCGAUCAGUCUGUGCGUCGCACACUCGGUUACCACACAGACCGAGCUGCUGCGAUGGUCAUUCUUUACUCUCGUGAUGAGAUUUCUAGUGCUGUGCGAGCUCUGGAGAGAGUCCUUGGUGAAAUCAGGGAGGAUCGUUUUAGGCCUGAUGCCACUCGGAGCGGACAUUUUCCUUGCGAGGUGGCGACGCCCUCAGCAGAGCCCGAGGGUGAUCCUCCCGACUAUGAAUCCAACGGUGGAGCGAGCGAGUCGGAAGAUUCACAGGACGAAGAGGACAACGUUGGUGAUCUCGGAGCCGAGGAAAGAGCUCUGGAGGAGAUUGGAGCGCCGUGGAGACCACAGGGUGCUGCCAGUGAUCGCCGUAUGUUCCGGCACAAACUCUCGAGGAUCAUUCAUUUUGUGGCCGACGAGGCCGGUGCCACUUUUGCAUGUGGAACAAAGAUCUCUUCGAAUUACGUUGAGAUGAACAGUGGAGUUUCCUUUUUGCAUCCUUUGUGCAAGAAGUGCCACCCGGUCCGAUGA